UUCUACUCCGAAAAUCUCCCGCUCGCUAACUACUUCAGAUUUCUCGGACUUCGAUUUCUUCCCUCACUUGCAGUUCGUCACUUCGCCGUCGCCGCCGCCGCGACUCUACGGCAUUAACUGGAGUCGACUCACCGACUCGUUUCACUGGCAGCUGUUUUCUAAUUUAUUCCAUCUGCUGCGUUGCUGUCGCGCCAUUUCCGCAUCGUUUGAUUUCAGGCAGAAUUUAGCAAGACAGGGUUGGGGAUCAUAGUGUAUACAAGUUUUGAAAAUGGAUAAGAAGCACGAGAUUGGUACGCCGGUGAGCUCCAGCCAGAUCGAUCUGAAAAAGUCAUUCAAGCUUGCCGUUCGUUCUCUCCUCACUUCCUGUUCCAGGGAGGAGUUCCGGGAAUGCUUUUCGAGAUUUACGACUGCGGAGCAAGAAUAUCUUCAUCGUCUUUUCAUUCAGGUUAUAACUUCUUUGCAUGGAAACAUAGAGGACGAGUUUGAGUCAUUAUGUGUUGAAACACAGGUGGGACUUGUACUUGAUAAUGUUGAACAACUUUUGGAAGAGCAAGAUCUAGACCCAUUGUAUUCCAAAAAGACAAACAUAAUGGAAAUUGCCAAUUAUCUAUCCAUGACAAAGAAGAAUGAGAUCCAACACUUGAAGGACAUGCUAAAAACGGCUGAGGAACAGAACCGGCAUGUUCAAGGCCGUAUUGAUAUCCUAAGGAAAGGAGUGCAAGAUGCCUCGGCCAUGGAAGAUGCUGUUGAAAAGCUAAGAAACAGAUGCAGAGCUUAUGCAGAUGAUGGUGUUAGCAGAACGACCUUCGAUACUUGACCGAUGCUCCUCCGACUCGCUGUUGCCAUCCCAUGUGUUUACAUCCAAGAAUUGCUGUUAAAUAACAAGGUCAGUAUUUAAUCUAGUACUAGAUUUCACUUGGGUAGUUUUAUGUGCCAGUUUCUUCAGCUUAGCUCAAGCUUUAUAUUUAUUAUUUAUGUCACGUCUGCAAUUUUACAUGUUUUAUUCUGUAUAAUUCAUACACUCUGUAUUGUAACAAAGAAAUAUUAAAUGCCCCAUCAAGCAUCAGCUAUGUUAGAACUCUA